GCCUCAGACAAGGAGUCUUCAAAUAAGUUAGUGGCUGUUAUCAAGAGGAUAGCGAUCAAUUGUUAGAAGUGACAACUCUGCAACAUCCAUUGCCUUCUGAGAGUUUGCACAGGGACUGACUGCCAGUAUUGAGUGAGAAGAGGAUAACAUGGGACGGAGACACUGGGUCAGGACCACCAAAUGCCAGCUGCUAGUGACCAGCCUCUGUGUCAUGCUGCUGGGGCUGGCAGUCACCAUACUGACCAUUAUCACCCGCUAUGGGGCUCACUUCAGCAUAAUCAGUGGUGUCUCCUAUGAGGCUAACCCCUAUAGAAUCUUCCACAACGUAGCGUUCUACAGCGGGAUAUGUCUGAGCAUGAUACUGGUCCUUGCAGCCCUGCUGAGUACUGUUGCCACAGUGAGAGAAUCAGUGUGCCUCAUGGCAAUGGGAUUCUUCUGUUUUGCCAUUGUUUUCUGUGCACUGAUAUAGGCUGCAUUCUGGAGAUACACCAACAACAGUGAGGUAGAAGAUGCCAUGAUGGAUGUGUAUGAUUCUGUGUACGAGGAAGUGAGGAGGAACUUGUCCAGCUUCAGGAGGCAGGAACUAGCUACCAUCCAUGAAACAUUUCUGUGCUGUGGAAAGCAGUCACCCUUUGGAGAAACGGGAGGCAUUGAAAAUGAGACAUGCCCAUCAGAACAUAUGGGCACAGCCAGAGAGGAUUGCCUUCAAGAGAUCCAAGACUUCCUAAAAAAACAUAUGGACUUCGUCUCUGCGCUACUGAUCAUCACAAUCUGCUUCAUGGUUUAUGGGAUGAUUUUAACUUCAUUCCUCUGGUUCUCCAUCCACUUCAGCAACAAUCUGGACCGGAGAGGCAAAUACAUUUUCAGAGAGACCUAGAAAACAGUCAUCCAGCUUCCCCACCAGAGCAAGGAUUUCCAACCCUUGAAUUGGGAAACCAUCUGAAAGUUCUCCACAGAGUUCCCUGAGAAGCUGUGGCUAGGUGACUGGAGCUGGGCCUUGGUACCUUCAUGUUUCUCUUUACCGCAUUACCUGCCUCCUCUGCAUUGUCAGCUGACUAGUGGGAAUGAUCAUCGGGCAGCACAGGAGAGAAAGAUGUGACAUUUUCUGUAAAGACAGAUGGACUGUGACAGGCAGCCAACGGGGGAAUCAGGGCCAUGUAGAGACACAGAUGGGCAUCUUUAGCAUUGGUGUGAGAUGUGGAUGGUAGCAAGGAACCAGACAGCCACUCACCCAGAAAACCAUCCAGCCCAGCUAGCUAAAAACCAAACCCUGAUCCAGUCACGUCUGUCAGUGCCUGAAAACAGACCACUUAAAACUCCGUCAGUGUGCCAAAACAUACAAAGAAACUAAAAUACCAGCAAGAAGAAAAAAGAAGUUCAGUUAAUACCCCUCAUCCAGGAGAAUGUCCUCUCAGCUAUAGCCAAAACAAAUGCAUCAUGCUAAUCAAUCCCGCCACAAUUCAUGGCAAAACAACCACUUACAUUAUACACACCACCACCACCAAAUAACCAAUUGCCCCUGGCAGAAAGAAGAAAGAAAUGCAUUAGAGGACAAGUGGGAUAAGUAACUUAAUUUAACUAAUUAUCCACCAAGUUUCCCACAGUCCAUUCUGUUCCUGAACUAAAAUUACAAACUGGGGAACUAUUGUGAAUUUAUAAAUGUGUUUGCCAAAACAGAAGUUAAAAAACCAAUAAGAAAUUACGGAAAGUAAAAUAAAGAUGAUAGCAUUUACAUCUAAAAGAACGUCAACAUCGGAUGUUACAAUGUAUCACAAGAUAACAAAUCAAAUAAAUAAAUUUAUGCUGAGUACUCUGAAAAAACAGGCACUAGUCCUCUCAAGGAGGGCACCCAAAAUUAGUUUACACUUCUGACAAUUUUGGCUUUAAUCUCUGAGACUCAGUUAACUCAAGCUCCUAUCAGUCUUGAUACACAGAUGAACUUUAUCCUAAAUCUACACUAUUCUCACCAUGUGACUAUCACUGUAGAACUCUGUAUCUUUAAGUAAAGAUCCUUAUCAAUCCACCAAUAUGCUUGUGUGUCAAUGGGAUUAUGGGACUGCCCAUGGCCGUUCAACCAAAUCUCUCUCGAGUUAGAAUGUAGAAAUUUGAACAAGUUACUUAUCAAAGUCAAUUUGAUUCAAAAUUGCUUUGCCUUGGUGCUAUUCAUAGCUAAACUCUUUCCAUUAUGGACAUAUUCACUAUUAUAAUGCAUCAAACCCCACAUACAUGUUUUAUAGAAUAAUUUUAAAGCUAUUUGUAAUUUCUCUGGAAGUUCACGAAUACUGUAAACUCUUUAACCAAAUAUUCAGCAGUGGCAAAAUUCUGGAGCUUAACUGGACAAUUCAGAAUUCUUUUUCUCUCUUAGCUAAGAAGUUGUCAGUUUCUUGUCACCGCAAAAAAUGAUCUAGGGCUUCUCCACAUGAAGACUUAGUGCAGGGCAAGCUGGAGUGUAAAUCUACCAUGGUACUAGCCUUCUGCUCACCAAGUGGGUGUGUGGACACAGCUGCUGCACUUUUUUUUUUUUCAGCGUGUUUCAAACAGUAGUAGUUCAAAGCACACUGCAGAACUUUUAAUGCAUGGUAGCAUUUAACACAUACAGCCAGUUACUGCACAGCAGGCUAGUACCCUGUAGAUUUACACCCCAGCUUGCCAUGCACGAAGACCUGGUCUACAGUGAAAAGUUACAUCGGCAUAGCUGCGUCAGUGAAAAAACCACACUCCUGAUGGACAUAGCUAUGCCGACAUCCUCCCCCCCCCCCCGUGGACACCACUAGCCGAUGGAAGAGGUCUUCCAUUGAAAUCCCUAGCAUUGGCUGAGGAGUAGGUGUAGAAAAACCCCUUCUGUCACUGUAAGCUGCAUCUACAUGACGAGCUUGUGCCGCUCUAGUCUGCAUAGUGUAGACGUACCAUCGGUCUCUGUAUGGACAAGCACCUAGGCUGAUUGCUUUAACACACUCUUAAUCUUUCUGAGAUGCACCUUUGCUGUACCCAGCCAUGAUUUCCUGUUACAAAUAAUACUAUUCUCAGUGACAUGAGUUCUUCUGGGCUUGACAUUCUCAGUUACUUGUUGUCUUAGAGCCAGAUUUUUAAAGAUAAGCACCUAGCGGCAUUUUCAAAAGCACCUAGGUGCCAAAUUCCUAUUGAUUUCCCAUCUUUUGUUUUCCCAAGACAUCAGGUAUUAGCAGAGAGGGAGUGCUUUCCGUUGCCACCUAUGACAAUCCCACUCUCAUGCAAUCUCAUCCAGAUGUUUUGGUUUCAGUGAGCAAAUUGCUGAACAGAGCUGUUUUGUACAGUUUCUGAUAAGCCAUGUGGCUUGGCUCCUCUUCUAGGUAAAGUUGAUGUGGGCCGAUUAGAAAGCAGACCUCAUCUCUGAUGACGUUUUGAAACAUCCAACCAGACAAGUAGCUUGGGACAUACUAGUUUGCACUAGACAUUUUAGGACCUAUAUCAGCUUGCAACAUCCUUUGCCACCAAUUAUGCAUUUAGUAUGAUAAUCUUUUAAGACAAUUGUUAAUCCAGGCUUCAGUCAGUAAUCUACUUCCACAAGCUGCUUUUGUAGGUUCCUUUUUCAGUGUAUCUUGAGCAACUUUACACAACCCCACCUUCUUUGCCAGGCCGCAGUUUCUCCAUCAGCAUAUUUAGCAGUCUGCACAGAUAUCCAUUUUCAAACUCCUGUCUCUAUAUAGAGUCUCAUGACAUUCCUUGAUUGUGUAGUUGUUUAGUUGUUCAUUAUGCAGCAAUAUAAACUUACUUGACUGAUUUUUUUUUCUUGGUUCAAUGCCAAUAAUUUUGAUGGUAAUGAAACAGUAAGACAAAACAGCUGUACAUGUCUCUGUACCAAUUUCAUAGACUCAUAGACUUUAAGGCCAGAAGGGACCAUUAUGAUCAUCUAGUCUGACCUCCACAUCAGUGAUAAGGUUGGUCAGAUCACUUUAUCUGUUAAAUCAUUUAUCUACUUGCUAAACUGUUUAUCACACUUUGUGGUCAAUUAGUCCUUUAUAACUACUUGGACAGGGUCACCAUAAAGACUUUCACGUCACCUUGGCUGUUCAAUAAGCUAAUUGACUGACUGUAUCAUCUUCUUUUUUAGCAUAAAAUAACAAGGUGUUUGUAUGUUUGUUAAUGAUUAGUUAGAUAUUUCUUAUUGAUUACAUUUCUAAUUUAAAAAGGAAGCGUUGUCCUAUUUGAAAUAUCUUGCGAUCAUAGCUCCUUUUGGCAAGGAACUUUCUGAAAUUGCAAGGGUCGAUUUCAGAAUGCUUUAGAUUAAUGCUAUGGAUGGGGCCAGAUCCUCAGCUGAGGAUUUGCCCCAUUGUUUGUUUCAAUCAACCUCUGAUCUGUAUGAUAGACAAUUAUAAUACCAUACUACCGAAUUAAACAUAAACUGAUGUAUUCUGUGCGUCACUGUCAAAGCUAAUGCUAUGGUUAUCCCAAAGGCCAGCUGGAGGGUCAUAUGACUCUUGACUACUUCAAUAA